CUAAGAACCACCAACACCGCCUGCUCAGAGCAAAAGAUCCUCUACCAAAUUGGCGGCUGUGGAGCUCUUUUCUUUUAUCGUGACAGAAGAUAUCUCACGAUAGGGGAAUCAUUGGCUUCUAAAAGUGAUCGCUAAUAAUUGUGAUCCGAGGCUCUUCUCAUUGCCCGGCUCUAGCGCUAACUCAGGUUGUCAGGUCAGUUCCUCCAACCCCUCCUCUCAGUAAAGGUAAUCGACUUCAACAACAUCAAAUCUUGAUUCAAACACGUCGUUCUUCAAUCUGAAGCUCAGGGACUUCAACCGGCCUUGUUCAUUGGCGUGUACUGCUGCAUUUCACUCAGUACAGCAACUCCAUUACAGUACAGCAAAUCCAACAUGCGGCUGUCAAGUCUCAUCGCCCGGCACGGCUCCGUCCUUCGGCGCUGUUCCGGAGCCGGAACUCGGCCGGUCUACUCUCAUUCUCAACGCCGCCUCAUGAGCUCCUCCUUGGCUGGUGUCAAGGACUUGCUCAAGGUCUCGGACGAAAUCACAGACGCUGUUGCCACUAACAAACCCAUCGUUGCCCUUGAGUCAACUAUCUACACUCACGGAGCCCUGGGCAAUGAACUCGCCCUCCAACAUUCAAAUCUUGUCCGCAGCAAUGGAGGUAUUCCCGCCAUCAUCGCCAUUGUUGAUGGCGUUCCUACUGUUGGAGCAACAGCAUCUGAUAUCAUUCGUAUGAUUGAGAGUGGAAACGCUGUCAAGGCGUCCAGGAGAGAUAUUGCCUACCUCGCGGGAAUGGUAAGUCAACCUAGGUACUGAUGUUGGUCAUGCCUCUCAUGUGUGCAACAACGCAUUCACAGUCAACACCUUUGAUAUACAAAGGCUACAAGGCUGACUGAGAUUUGCUUCAGGGCUUGACAGGACAGAAGAUUCAUGGCGGCACCACCAUAUCAGGAACUAUGUUGCUCGCCAGGCUUGCGGGCAUUCGAGUAUUCGGCACUGGUGGUCUCGGCGGCGUCCACCGCGGAGGUCAUGACUCAAUGGAUGUUUCUGCUGAUCUCACUGAACUUGGCCGAACCCGAGUCGCUGUCAUCAGCAGCGGUUGCAAGGGCUUCCUCGAUAUUCCCAGGACACUGGAGUUCCUCGAGACCCAGGGUGCCCAUGUUUCGACCUUUUCAGACGGACGAUCUGGAAAGAUUGAUUUCCCUGCUUUUUGGGCUCGUGAUAGCGGCAUCAAGAGUCCUUCUGUUGUCCAUACCGAGAAGGAGGCUGCUGCUAUCAUUCUGGCCCAGGAGAAGCUUGGUAUUGAGUCAGGCUUGCUCUUCGCCAACCCAAUCCCGGAGGAAUUUGGCAUUCCUGCGCCUGAGAUGCAGGCUUAUAUCGAACAGGCUGUCAGGGAAGCCAAUGAGAAGGGCUUCACUGGCAGCGCUAACACUCCGUAUAUCCUGGGUAGACUCAAGGAGCUCACAGGAGAGAAGGCCGUUAUCGCCAACAAGGCGCUGGUAACGUCCAAUAUCACCCGGGCCACCAACAUCGCUGUCGAACUCUCAAAAUUGUUGUCUUCUGGUUCUGAGCCAGUCAAGACUUUCAAUUCAUACUCUGCCGCUUCAUCUGCACCUGCAUCUCCUGCUCCUACUGAGCUCAAGGGGCCAGAAGUAACGUCCGACAGUAAGGCCGAUAUCCUUGUCGCUGGUUCCGUUGCUGUUGAUCUAAGCUGUGACUAUGCCCCAAGGUCGGGUGACGCUUCACCCGUCCUCCACACCUCGAAUCCAUCUAGUAUCAGCCAGUCAAUUGGAGGCGUCGGCCAUAAUGUAGCUCUCGCUGCCCACUCUGUAAGCAAACAUGCUCGAGUACGGCUCUGUAGCAUGGUUGGUGAUGACGUUGCUGGCAAGACCAUUCUUAAUGGACUCGAAGCCUCCGGCCUUGACACUACCUACAUUCGACAAUUAGGCCAUGAAUACCACGGCUCUAAUAGAACGGCUCAGUACGUUGCUGUCAAUGAUGCAAACAAGAAUCUAGUCAUGGCUAUGGCCGAUAUGGGCAUCUUCACAAACCACUCUUUUCCCGAAUAUUGGAAGUCUGCCGUCCGGGGAACCAAGCCCAAGUGGUUGGUAGUGGAUGGUAAUUGGAGCGAGAAAGAUAUUCGAGCAUGGCUCAAGGCUGGCCAAGACCAGGACUGCAAGAUUGCCUUCGAACCAGUAUCGACAGCCAAGUCUAUGAACCUUUUCUGUCCUCAGAAAGGACACCCGAAACUUCGAGUCUUCCCCAAGCCCACAGUAGACAUCGCUUCUCCCAACAGCUACGAGCUGGCAGCCAUGUACUCUGCAGCUCGUGAUAACGGAUACUUUGAGGCCCCAGAGUGGUUCGAUAUCAUCGACGCCUUUGGCAUGCGAGGUGCCCGAGAUCGGUUUGUUAAGAUGACUUCAGCCGAGCUGACUGACGCUGGUGUUCCUGUUCAGUCUGUUCAACUACUUCCUUAUAUUCCGACUAUUGUGACGAAACUUGGUCCUCAAGGUGUUCUCCUGACCGCCAUCCUCGAAAAAGAUGAUCCCCGUCUGAAGGACCCUGAUUCCGAGGAGUACAUCCUUGCUCGCUCAAUGAGCGACCACCCCAGCGUUGGUGGGCUCUAUAUGAGACUCUUCUCUGCAGCUGAAAAGGUUCAGAACAUUGUAUCUGUUAAUGGGGUUGGAGACACGUUCUUCGGUGUUUUGAUCUCUGGAUUGGCCCAGGGUGGCAAAGUCGAAAACCUCAUUGAUGUUGCACAAGCUGGCUCAUGUUUGACACUAAAGUCUCCUGAGUCAGUGAGUCCUGAUCUACACAGACUCGAAAGUGUGUUGGCACAGGCAGCAGCAGAAUAGUGGGAGAAGGACAUUUAAAUACCCGAAAUUGGUUUUUUCUUUCUUUUCUUUUAGGCUUUCUUGUAAUUCCUAGCAUCCUAGACUCUCACAUCUGCGUAUACUUCCAUCAUCCUACCUAAGGUAUACUUAGGCUAGACACCAAAUCCGAAGUUAUGGGAGCCUGUGAAGGCCACUGUGGGCUCGCCAAGCUCACUCAGGCUCAUUCUUGAGUAAUCUUAUCAGUUUCGACUUCUACACUGCUUGCAAAUUACAAUGCUUCAUUUCCAGGUUUGAUUGGUUCUACGAAUAGUCUUGCUUCUCUUAUAUGGAUGCAAUAUCAGCCUCGU